AAGUGGAGAAAAGCGAAAGUCCGAAAGUCCCAUGCAAAACCUCUAAAAAAGUUGGAAAGUGAACCUAAGUUUGGCAGGAGCUUUGAACGGCAUCCAAACUACUUGAGAACACGAUGCCAUCCAGAAUUUUUCCAGAAAAAUGCUGUUAAAGGGACAGUCUUGUACAGGCAGGGCGAUUCCGAAAAACCUAGCCAAGACUGUCUUCACGAACACUGUACGCAUACAACUGUCAAAGUUUCAUUCAGAAUAACGAAGUCGUCUUCGAGGAAUUUUUCCGAACGUGCGAGGAUAGCAGGAAGAAAAAAAGUCUACCCAGGAUUUUGUCAAGAACCUCUUACUCUCACCUCUUCUGUCUUAACCGAGAACCCAUGCAGACACAGCCGACGCUCCAACAGACAGACAGCAAACAGUUUAAUCCCCAUGAAGGAAGAGGCAAGAGAUCCUGGUGUCCUUGAGUCGUCCCCUUCCAGCCCCUCAGAUUCACUACCUAAAGAGAUGCAGCUCUCGCCAGAGUUCAGUGGUCAGCUUGUGAGAGUGAAAUUGGAACCACCUGAUGUUCCGUGUCUACCAGAAGAGGGCCAGACACAGCAACAGCACUGCAAUGAGUCUUCAUCAGGAGGUGAUGCUGAUGGAUCGAUGGCUGGGAUGUGCUACAUUAAAGAAGAACCUCGGGAAGACUCUUCUAACAAACAUCCAAUCGUAGAAGUGAAGACGGAGCCUUACAACGUUGCCAUCUUGACAGAACCGGACCAUAUUGGACACAACUGGGAUUCAACACCAGAAGGAUUGACGGCUGGGAUGUGUGACAUUAAAGAAGAACCUCGAGAGGACUCUUCAAAUGAACGCCCAAUCAUAGAAGUGAAGACGGAGCCGUACAACAUUGCAGUGUUGACGGAACAGGUCCAGACGGGACACAGCUGUGAGUCAACAUCAGUUGGAAGAAGAAGAAGCACUGCUGCGCUUCAUAAUAAAGACCAGCCCACAGGAAUUUGUGAUCAAGCACCUUCAAGUUGCACUUUUGCAAAGGCACAUAUCAGCACAACCGAACCACGAUUUGACAACACUGAGCUUGGCACUAUGGACAUAGCUCACCUACGGUUACCUGGGCACCAACUGGUGCACAUGCAGACACACAAGACAGAGAAGCCGUGCAAGUGCGAUCUCUGCCCCGCAGUGUUUAUUCAGAAACUGGACCUGCUGUGUCACAAGAGGACACACACAGGGGAGAGACCGUAUAACUGCGAUCUCUGCCCUGCGGCGUUCAACCAGAGCACAGACCUGAAACGUCAUAAGAGGACGCACACCGGUGAGAAGCCAUACAAGUGUGAUGUCUGCCCUGCGGAGUUCAACCAGAGCAUAGACCUGAUACGUCACAAAAGGAUGCAUACUGGAGAGAAGCCAUACAAGUGUGAUGUCUGCCCUGCGGAGUUCAGCCGGAACGGGUAUCUCCGGGAUCACAAGUGGAUACACACGGGUGAGAAGCAAUACAAGUGUGAUCUCUGCCCUGCGGAGUUCAGCCGCAUCGGUCGUCUACGGGAUCAUAAGCGUGCACACACUGGAGGGAAGCCAUACAAGUGUGAUGUCUGUCCUGCGGAGUUCAGCCGGAACGGUCAUCUACGGGAUCAUAAGCGUGCACACACUGGAGAGAAGCCAUACAAGUGUGAUGUCUGCCCUGCGGAGUUCAGCCGGAACUGUCAUCUACGGGAUCAUAAGCGUGCACACACUGGAGAGAAGCCAUACAAGUGUGAUAUCUGCCCUGCGGAGUUCAACCAGAGCAUAGACCUGAAACGUCACAAAAGGAUGCAUACUGGUGAGAAGCCAUACAAGUGUGAUGUCUGCCCUGCGGAGUUCAGCCGGAACGGGUAUCUCCGGGAUCACAAGUGGAUGCACACGGGUGAGAAACCAUACAAGUGCCAUCUCUGUCCCGCAGAGUUCAGACAGAGCCAGUCCCUACAGCGUCACAAGCGGACGCACACCGGUGAGAAGCAAUACAAGUGUGAUGCCCGCCCUGCAUAGUUCAUCUGGAGUGGGCACCUACGGGAUCACAAGCGAACAUACACGGGUGGGUGGUGUACCACACAACUGUGAUGUCUACCCUGCGGAGUUCAACCAGAACGGGCAUCUACAGGAUCACAAGCGAACAUGCAUGGGCAAGAAGCCAUACAAGUGCAGUGAUUGCUUGGAGCUUUUACACGUGUCUAGAAUGAAGUCAGAAUCAGGAGGGCCCCGCCACCUGGUGGCUGUCAGUACGUGAAGUCCAGGAAUGCUGUGUCAAUUCUGGAAGGUGUCAUCACCCUUGGAGUCGGGGGGGUGUUGUCAGGACCCCAUCUGAAACGAAGCAGUACCCUAUCUAAAUACACAUGUAAUAUGUUUGGAGCUAGCUGGAACACGCAACAUAAAACUAAAAACACUAUUAUAGGAAAAGAACAGUGUUCUCAAGCUGAAUUUCUGGCCUUCCGUCUGAAGGAUCGACACUUUAUCUCCAGAAGUGGGAGUUGGGCAGUUGAUACCUUCAACCUGAAUCCUACGCAAUGUGGACUAUUUGCGGAUUUGCAGAAUUGGAAACAGACAGCUAGCUUGACAAGGCAGAGCAAACGUGGUGGAGUGUACGAAGGGAGUUGCCUCAGGACGGCUCCUCUCCUGAGGGAACUCCCUUUAUCCUUCUCUACGGGAUCGCUGGAUUUCUACCCGUCUACGUGGUGCAGUGUAGUUUUUUUACGCAUCUUGUCUAGGGUGGAUGAUCACGCUAAGAGGCGUUGUUAUUGUUCAUAAGUCACAUCCGGCUCAACCACCGAAGAUAAAUGGAAGGUAGUCAAUAACUUUGGUCUAAUUGCCAGUUACCUUAAAAACCAAUCUCAUGUUGUUAGGUGUCAGAAGGCUUUCUCUGAACCUGUAGUUUCUAAUAUUGCCAUACUGGACGAAUCUACUAGGUCCCCUUCUCUUUUUACUGUAAAUUAACGCCCCCCCCCCCCCCCCCCCCCCCAGCACAUUGAAUUUUCUGAAGCAUCUUUGUAUGUAGAUGACACUACAUUACUAUUAACUGGCAAGGAUAUGGAUGAUCUGUCAUUAAAAUUUGAUAAAGACGUUGGUAAUAGCCAUAGUAAUAAAUUACAGUUAAACGCAUAUAAAACAGUGUCCAUGAUUUUUUAUUCUCAUUAGUGUAGAUUCUCAUUAGUUGUUGUUCAUCUCAGAACCCUUGUCUCGUUUGACAUAUAACUGCAAUGUACUGGAUGGCAUAUCAGACCUUAAACUUGUUCUUUUUGAAUGCCAGGGCAUCUGUCAACAUACCUCUUCUGCUUGUUCACAAUUUACGUACGAUUUUUGUAAUGCACAUGAUGUCUGUGUAUUAGAUUACCUUGAACAUCGUUUCGAUAAUUUUCAGAAUUUGUGUUCUUUGCCUGUUGAUAAUGUUGAUGAGCUGUGGAAUUUGUUUAGGAGUGUGACAUCUGACUGCUUGUGUGUCGAUAUGUUCCCAAAAGGAAACGUCACGUCAGAACCCGUAAUUCUUGGAUUAUACGAGGUAUCAUUCGUUUAAAGCGCAGAAUAAAACGACUCCGGAAAGCCAAAAUGCAACACACGGAAUCUUACGCAACCGCUGUCCGAAAUCUCAAAACAAAGGUUAAAAGCGCAAGAUAUAACUUCUAUAACUAAGUAAGUUAGCCUCUUUUAUGAAAAAUUCCCCUGCGAUGUUCUGGCGUUUCCUUUCUACACCCAGCUCUCGCCUGCACAAAAUACGGGUAAAUGGUCAGUGCAUAGAUGA